AUGACUCGAUUGAUCGUAGCCACAACCUUGUUACUGGCUCUUCUUGCUUUCGCCUCCUUCACUCAAGCCAUUGACUACUCCAAAGUAUUGAAGAACUAUGUCCAAUCUCCAGAGAGUAUCUUCUCCUACUCCUUGCUCGCUACCAUUCCCACUCCAGUCGCCACUGUCUAUGUAUUAAACAUCACUUCUUUGAGUUGGUUAACCCCAGCAGAAGUUGGAAUUAGAAAUACCUAUUUCCAUUAUGCCACUGUGGCUGUACCUGCCACUUUGGAUCGAACCAAAACUCAAGCUGCUCUCUACAUUACAGGUGGAAGUAAUACUCAAUCUCCUCCUGGACCUGAUCCAGUCAUUACUCCAUUUGCUUUUGCCUCUCAGAGUGUGGGUGUUACUUUGUACGAUAUUCCUAAUCAACCCAUGACCUAUGCUUCGGAUCCAACUCAAGCCAUACGAAGUGAGGAUGCAAUUAUUGCAUUUGGUUGGGCUCGUUUCUUGAAUGAUACUACUCAAACUCCAUACGUGACUCAAUUACCAAUGGUUAAGGCUAGUAAGCUUGCUAUGGAUGCUGUGGUUGAUUUUGUCAAGAAGACGAUUAAUUAUGAGAUUGAAACUUUUACUGUGAUUGGAGGUUCAAAGAGAGGAUGGACCACCUUGUUGCUCGCUGGUGUGGAUAAUCGUGUCAAGUCCAUCAUCCCAGCAGUCAUUCCAGUCUUUGAAAUUAAGAAGGUUUUCGAGAGUGUGUACAACAACUUGUGUGCUUGGCCUGUCGUGAUGAAGGAUUACGUGUUGGCCAAUGUUGUGGACAUGUUGUACACUCCAGCUUUUAACAAGUUGUCCAAGAUUAUUGAUCCAUCGAAUUAUUCUCGAUUGGGAUCUAUUCAAAAGUUCCAAGUGUUUGCUUUGGGUGAUGAAUUCUUUGCUCCAAAUCUCAAUUCGAUUGGUUAUGAUGAAAUUGAAGGUGAAAAUUAUGUUCGAUACAUUCCAAACACUGGUCAUGCCUUGUCCAAUUCCGAUGUUUUCCAAGUCAUCUUGUCCUAUCAAGUUGCUCGUUUGAAUAACAUGGUCUUACCCAAAUACAAAUUCUCUCAUGAACACGUUGAGGAAGGUGUCAUUAUCAAACUCAAGGUCACUAAUGGUAAAUUACCAACCCGUGUCAAUGUAUGGACUGCCACCAAUCCAAAUGCUCGUGAUUUCAGAACUUAUGUUAUUGGUGCCAAUGUUUGGAAUUCCACAGUCAUUCAAGAAACUAAACCAUUCCAUUGGCAAGUAUUGAUUAGAAAUCCACCAAAGGGAUAUACUGCUGCCACUGUUGAAUUGGUCUAUGAAAAUUAUGUCACUUCCAGUGUUCCAGGUGUUGCCAUGGCUCCAUUGAAGUUCACAACCAAUGCCUACGUGACACCAGAUACUACUCCUUGCAAUAUUGGACCAGAGAAUCCACCUACUCAUAAUAUGAGUUAA